UCUCUCUAAACAAACCCAUAAAGAGAUCUUUCAUUUUUCUCUUUAAUCUUCUAACAAUCUUCCUCCUUUCGUUCUAUUUAUGGACAUAGGAUGGGCUGGUCUCACUCUUGAUUCAUCUUCUCUCGAUCUCAUAAACCCUCAUCGUUUCAAAAGUAAUAAUACUCAUCGCGGCUUCUCGAAUCCGUUGACGAUGUCUAUAACUGGAGAUGGCGCUGACGAUCACAAGACGAAAGUAUCCAACGCCGCCAGCGAGUUUAGGUUUCCAGUGAGUCUUUCUGGUAUUCGUGAACGUGAAGAUGAUGAUUUAUCGAGUGGAGUCGCCGGUGAAAACGAUCGUGAAGUUCCCGGCGAAGUUGAUUUUUUCUCCGACAAGAAGUCUAGGGUUUGUCGCGACGACGUAGACGACGCUGGAUUUCGUGUUAAGAAGGAGGAACAAGAUGAUCGAACGGACGUAAAUACCGGUUUGAAUCUUAGAACCAGGAGUGAUCAAUUAGUGACCGACGACGUAGAAUCUUUCAAAAUGGAAGAUAAGCGUCCAAAAAUUGAGUUGGUGAAGCUACAAGAAGAGCUGAAGGAAAUAACCAUGGAGAAUCAAAAGCUAAGGGAAUUGCUUACACAAGUGAGCAACAGUUACACUUCACUUCAGAUGCAUCUUGUUUCACUGAUGCAACAGCAGCAACAACAGAAUAAGGCAAUAGAGGCUGCUGAAAAGCCUAAGGAGACGAUAGUACCAAGGCAAUUUCUCGAUCUAGGCCCGUCGAGAGAAGCUGGCGAGGCUGAUGACGUGUCAAAUUCUUCAUCGGAAGAUAGAACUCAUUCGGGCCGUUCUUCUCCGGCCGAGAGGCAUUUUGAUGAGGUUAGGGACGGGAAGAGACUUGGGCGUGAAGAAAGCCCUGAAACCGAGUCUAAUAAAGUUCAGAAAGUUAAUAAUAGUAGCCCAACGACGUUUGAUCAACCCGCAGAAGCUAUCAUGCGGAAAGUACGUGUCUCAGUGCGCGCUCGAUCAGAAGCUCCUAUGAUAAGCGAUGGAUGUCAAUGGAGAAAAUACGGGCAGAAGAUGGCAAAAGGAAACCCUUGUCCGCGAGCUUAUUACCGUUGUACCAUGGCCACGGGUUGUCCCGUUCGCAAACAAGUUCAACGUUGUGCGGAAGACAGAUCGAUCCUGAUAACAACCUACGAGGGAAACCACAACCAUCCGUUGCCGCCAGCCGCAAUGGCGAUGGCUUCCACAACCACAGCCGCGGCUAACAUGUUGCUAUCCGGGUCAAUGUCUAGUCACGAUGGGAUGAUGAACCCGACCAAUUUACUAGCUAGGGCUGUUCUUCCUUGCUCAACAAGCAUGGCCACAAUCUCAGCCUCCGCACCAUUCCCUACCGUCACCUUAGACCUCACCCACUCACCUCCACCUCCCAAUGGUUCCAACUCCUCCCCUUCGACAGCCGCCGCUAUCCACAAUCACAACUCAUUGAUGCAGCGCCCGCAACAACAGCAACUCCAACAAAUGAGUAAUUUACCUCCGGGUAUGUUACCUCAUGUAAUAAGUCAGGCAUUGUAUAACCAAUCCAAAUUCUCGGGGGUGCAGUUUUCUGGUGGUUCUCCGUCGGCCGCGUUUUCACAGCCGCAGGCUGUGGCUAAUACAAUAACAGCACUCACUGCUGAUCCCAACUUCACGACGGCUCUUGCAGCCGUUAUUACUUCCAUGAUCAAUGGUUCCAACCACCAUGACGGCGUAGGAAAUAACAAAAACCAAUAGAAAAUAUCACAUACAAUUUGUUCUCUUUUAAAUCUUCAUUUUUUCAGACUGGGUUAAUAGGAAUUAGAAACUUUAUUUCAUUGUUUGAUAGUAUGUAGAACCCCUAUAAAUUAAUAUCCGAUAAAUUAAUAAUCUCUAUAGAUUAAUAAUCUCUAAUUCCCAGUUCAAAGUACGUACGCGAAUAUGGAUUAUCUAUUCUGGAGGAAGAAUGCGAUAAUGGAACCGGAAUUGGACAGGGAUCCUUAUCGUUGGCUAAUUUGGUACAUUUGGAAGGAUAGGAAUGACAAGCUUUUUAGAGGUAGCGCACUACGCAGAAAGUGAAUACCAAGCAUGGUUCAAAGCAAAUGAGCAGGAAAGUCCGGCUCCCAUUGGGACCGGAACGGAGGAAGACCAGACCUUAAGUUUGGGUAAUAUAUGCAUGGUAGAUGGUUCUUGGACCUCUACAGAAUCUUUCAGUGGUUGUGGAUGGGUUUUGAACGAUAACUUCGGAAAUAGUAACUUAAUGGGGCUGCGCAAUUUUGAUCACGUGGAAUCGACGUUGCAUUCAGAGUUGAAAGCACUGCGGUGGGCAAUGGAGAAUAUGCUUCAACAUUCACCAUGUCAGAGCUUUGGAACUGAUUGUAAGGAGAUGAUUGAGAUGCUCAAGAAUCCUAUUGCAUGGCCUAACUUCUCAACAGAACUGGAAAAACUGGAGACACUGAAGAUCUGUUUUCCUGAAUUCAAGAUUUUUUAUGUUCCUAGAUUACAGAAUGACGUUUCUGAUUCUCUAGCUAAGACAACUAGAUCUUUUUAUCGUAAACUUGUGUACGUUGGUUGUUCUAUUCCGGUCUGGAUUCCCAGACCACCUCAAGUUCCUUGAGUAAUAGAUCAGCCGUUUGAUGCCAA